AGCAUUGCUGCUGGUUUUAAUAAACAUGUCAAGCUUCCCGUCUACGGCUGUUGAUGGCUCAAGCCUCCAGCUAUGGCCGCCCCACGCUCUCUGGACUACGAGUACAGUCCUGUUCCUCUACCAACAACCAUCGAAGAGCAGAGCAAGGGCAAUGUUGGGUCGAAAACCAUGCACGUCGCUACUAGUUCGUCACCAAGUUUGACCGAGAAGAACGGACAAGUGGCAGCACAACGACCUGGAUGGACAUCGACCUACCUGCAGCAUCCGAGUCUCCUCGGAUUCGCCUUUGCCUUCUUAUGUCUUCUUUUGGCGGUCAUAGUGCUUGCCAUCGUAGAUGCAAAGCAAGAUGGGAUCGCAAGUGCUAAGAGCAGCGAGCACUACUUGUGGACUUAUGGCCCCACAGCCGUUCUUGUCAUCGUUGCUGCGCUGUGGAACCAGGUUGAGUACCGCGCAAAGCACGCGAUGCCCUGGGCGGUCCUGCAGCAGGGUUCAACGCCAGCUUCAAAGACCCUCUUCAUGGACUACAUUACACCGGGCAGACCGGAAGCACUGUGGACUUCGCUGCGCAAGUCACAUUGGCCUGUGGCUAUCACCAUACUCAACUCUUUCCUGCUGACAUUGCUCACUGUGGCAUCUACUGGUCUUCUAGUGUUGCAAAGCACCCCGUUCGUGCGUCACGAUUGUCGCCUUAAUGUUACCGACGAUUACGUGACCUCCUUCGAUGUUUCCAGCAUCGGCAGCGGUUCUGUGAUGGCGACCAUUGCGAUUGAAAAUGGAACAAUACCGUUUCCUCCCGGUACUUCUCGUAGCGGAGCCUUCCAGGAUUUGGCUCCCCCCACAUUUUUAUCUGGCUUUGCUGAUGUUGAAGUGGAAGGAGUUACAAGCACAUUCUACGGUGGACUCGACUGCGAGAUUGCAACAGUAACGAGCGGUUCCAGCCUCUGCUCUGACGCGCACUGCCGUUCGAUCAACGUUACAAUUGGAAUCAAUACCCCGACAUGUAACGUUCAAGCCUACAAUCUUACACACGGCUGCUCGAGAAUGCCAAAUCCGGUCUCUUGCGACAUCGACGAAGUUUGGGGGAUUGACUGCGAUAGUAAUGCCGAGGGCUAUGACAAACACCGACUGGUAUUCAUGAUCGGUCAGAUGGAUCAGAACAUAAACGGAGCUCUAAAGAACGAAACGGAAGCUUUGAAAGUCGUUACCGGAAACACGACGACCAUUGUCUGUGAAGCGAAGUAUAACAUCACCGACACGACUGCCAUUAUGGACCAGAACGGUAACAUCAAGAAUACCCCACAGAGGAGUACAACCACAAACCGUGUCCAACAGUUCCCAGCCUGGGAUCUUGCGGACGGGUUGCUUGUUGCAUCGGAAGCCUCGGGCCUUGUCGUUGGAAGCCCGUAUACCUACAGCUAUAUGUCUUAUUUCCCAUGGUCUCCGUUACGCGCACUAUGGCUUACAUGGCGCAACAUUGCGCAUCCUUCCAGCGAUUUCAAGGAUCCGGAUUUACUCCAGUCACAUGUGAAUGAGCUGUUCUCAAUGGUCACUGCGCAGAUGGCAAAGCAAAGCUUGAUGCGACCAUCGGUGAAUACCGCCAUUGGAACAUGUCGCGGCACCGAGGAUCGUUUGAGAAUAAGAGGUCUUUCUCUCUAUCUCAUGGGGGCCGUUCUGGUCAUCCUACUGUUGUUGACGCUCAGUCUGCUUUACCUUGCACCACGAAAGUAUUCCAGCCGCGACCCGAGCUCCAUAGGUGGAUUGGCUUUGGUUCUUUCGCAAAGUCCUGCGCUACUCUCACAGCUGUCUGCAUUAAGUUGCGCCGAUCUGAAGACUAUCAAGCGCCACAUAGCCAAUUUCGAGUGUCAGACACUCCUCUCUGAAGAUGACCAAAACUGGCGGUUCUCAAUUGAUCUGAACGCAACCCAGCCACUCGAAGAACAAAGUAUAGGUGCAGACACCGAACCGCCUUCCGAGCCUACAUACUGGCGCCCCUUGUCCCUCCGACCAGUUUUCAAGAUCUCGGUCAUUGUGACCCUGCUUGUACUUGUCGUUGUACUGGAGGUACUGUAUUCAGUCUCUCAGAAGAAAAAUGGGCUGGCCGAAGUUGAUCCACAACAAAAUCAGCGCUUUGCUUGGGUGUACAUUCCCGCGAUCGUCAUGAUCACCGUUCAAACUCUGGUUGGCAUGAUUGCAUUUUCUUCGCUAAUGAUCUUUCCCUACUUCCGGUUCCGCUCAGCAGUGUCAAAUACGCGUAAGGAUAUCCUCCGAAACUAUGCUUCCGAGACGGCCAUCAAGAGUCUAUGGCAGUCGAUUGCUGCGAAAGAUAUUGUUGUCGUGUGUAUGGCGCUCGCCAUGCUUUUAACUCCGUUGCUUACUAUUGCCGUAAGUGGUCUCUACACUGCACGGAUUACAAGCAGGGAUAUACCCAUUACGAUGUCCCCCCGGGGGCAACUGAAUUCAUCGUUUUCGCCGAUGGAUAUUCCUACAGUUGGCAUCCUUCCCUACAAGUCUUCCGCCAACAACAUUGGUUUGCUCCUGACUCAGAACUUCACCUUCCCGAAAUGGACAUUCGAUGGAUUGGCCUUUGCCGAGUUUGGGAUCGAGGUUCCAGCCUCGAUUGACUCGAGCACACUUAUCGGUAGCAAUAUAACGGCAGUGUUGCCCGGCAUCCGCUCCGAUCUUGACUGCUCCAUCGUUCCCAGCGUUCCAACAAACUUCUCGGACACGCUUGGCACGUUCGACAGACUCGACGAGAAGGUACCGGCGUUUGAAGCCCUGGGCGUCUAUGAGGACAACAAUAACGUGCCCUGGGGUAGUCCAGGUAUGAACCAGUUUGGAUACUUCACCAGAUGUGGUAUUAGCGAGAGUAAGAACUUGUUUUGUGGCGCAAUGGGGACAUCUGAGGUCAACUGGAACGCUUUCACCUGCUAUGCUGUCAUCAACCAGCUGGACAUAGAGGUUACCAUGGAUGCCUCAACGCUUGAAAUUAUUGCAGCUACACCAAACGAAAGCACGGUCCAGUUGUUCUCGAACCAGUCGCUCACCCCGGCCACCUUGGAACCCUUUCCUUCUGUUAUGAUCCCGUCUAUAUUUGGGUUCUCUGACUUCGCCGGUCGAAAGGCAGUUGUGGGCUACUUUGACUCUACUUUCCAAGCCGUGGUCCACCGACUGGGCACGCGCGACAACCUCAACAGCUUCCCCAUGGGCGAUUACAUGAACAACGAAGGCAUCGAAAUAAUUAUGGCUCAGCUCCAACAUGUCCACCGGACCGUCAUCGCGCAAUCUGCCAACAUGAUUCGCAUACCGUUGAAUACCACCUCUGCGCUCGCCCCACCAACCACCGUUAAUGCAACAUUGAUUGAUCCGCACGUAUAUCGGCUCAAACAGAGUGCCGUAUCGACACGCAUACUCGACGGCCUACUCAUUGCCGUUGCUUUGUGCAUUGCGCUCUCAUUUGGUUUGAUGGACACGCGCAAAGUGCUGCCCAAGAACCCCGCAUCAAUUGCCGCCGGUGCCAGUUUGAUCGCCGCAGACGCCAAGAUGCUCCGGAGUGAUAUUCUACCUGAAGGUGCUCAGUGGUACAGCGACGAUGAACUGAAUAAGAAGAAAAUCUGGGAUGGUUUCCUUUUCAGACUCGGCUGGUGGAACAGCGACGGACCUAGCGAGCAGGGAGGGCAGGGGAAGUACUUCAAGCUCGAUGCUAUUUAACGCUACGAUGGUAAACUGUAAUACUAUUUCUUAAUUUCGGGUACAACUCGACUCCAGUCAAAGAAGAAUGCAAUUGUAUGCGUUCACAUUGAUAGUACAGUCACUGCUUUGUGUGCUUUAAGUUUACCGCUUCUGUAAAUGCUAUCUAUAUCACGUUGC